UAUGCAUCAUUGACCGACAAAGUUAACUGGAGCUGUAAUUACUUACAGCCUGUGAAUUUUGUUGAAGAAUCGCUGAAAUGAAAGCUAAACUCAGUCACUCUUCAGUCACGUGGUAUGAGGGGGGAAUCCCGUCAGAGCUCAAAAAUGGCAGCGCCCGGUGUCCAACAACAACAAGGUGCUGGUGCUAAUGUUUCACAGGGCCCCACACCUGGGGUUGGAGGUGGAGGAGCUGAUGUCGACCCCAUUACAAAGUUCCGUAUGCUUGUCCCGCUUUUGAAAGAUUCCCUGGCGACUGUGAUGAGGGUUGGUGCUCAAAUCCUGCAGCAUGAUGCUCAAGUAGACAAUUGCUUGAAAUCUGCUGAUGGUCCAGUUCAGAGGUUUGAUAAGUGUUUGGAGGAGUUCCAUGCCAUUUGUGACCAAAUGGAGCUGAAUCUGAAGCUAGCCCAGGACUGUAUAGGGGUUUCAGCUGACAGUCUGAAGAACUGCCCAGUGCCCAUCCAGACAGGUAUUGCUGUGGACCCCGGGGAGCAGCAGAGACAGACAUACAGCAUGUUCCUUAUUAUGGUCAAACAUCAAAUUACAUGUGCCAAGGAAAUCCACGAUGCUUUGUUAGAAUGUGCCCGAGAUAUCAGUAAAAAGCCAGUGUGAAUAACUACCAGCAGUUCAAAAGAAAGGACUAGUUUGCUGUUACAAGUACAGUGUUAUGUCAUGGGGCAUAUACAAAAAGAAUGUUACUGAACAUUCUGUAUAAGUCAGAGGAAUUGGAUGUCAUUGCCUGAAAUGACAGAUGGGCUUUAUUGGUCUUACCUUAACAAUUAAGUCAUUAGUCAUUUAGAUUAAUUAAGAAUCAGUCUUAAGUCAAUCAGCUUGUGGCUAGGGCAAAAGUUCUUUCUUUCUACUGGCCCAGGGGGGGGUUGAAUAGAGAACAGAACUCCUCCCUGUCAUCUGCCAUUAGCAUAGAUACUGGGUCUGGCAGCAACUUCCACCAAGGAUGCUACACCUCUCCUACUUCCUGUGGCAGUGGCAUGACUGCACAUGGCUCUUAGGGACCAUUCCCACAGAUAUUUGGAUCGAUCUAUCUGCCUGGGGAGUCUAACUAAAUUUUCUAU